AUGGCGGCGAUUGCGAGUGUCCGCCAAAAGAAAUUGCGGUCCUCGAAAGAGAAGGCUGCGCAAGAGGCCGCGGCCUCCAUUAUGGCGGCAGCAGCGGCCACCUUCUUGGAGUCGGAACCCGAGUCGGGUAACGAGGGGAUGAGGGCCGAUAUCGCCCGGCUAUCGACGGAGGUUGAGCGUCUCUCUAGGGAGAACGCGGAACUCAAGUCCAGCCGGGCCUCAGCCCUCGUUCAGUCCUCUCGUCCUGUAGAGACGCCUCCAGAGGUGAGUGCGGUGCAGCCGGCGGACAGGCAACAACUCCUGAGCCUGAUACGAGAGGGCAUCCGCCAGGAGAUCGGUGCCCUCUCUGCCCGGUUCGCGGUUCUGGAGGGCAUUGUCCUCCGGCCACCUCUGGCGGGCUCCAAGAAGGCUGCGUCCUACGCGGCCGCCGCGGCUCCGCAACCCACGCCGGGGACGUCCGGCCCGACGAGCCAAAACUCAGGGCCAUCCACGAGGCCAACGAAGCCGUCGUCGUCGUCUCCGCCGCCUCCGCCUCCGGCCUCCCAGAGGACGCUCGCAGCAGAUAAGCCCAAAAAGGCGAAGGCUGCGCGGAGAGCGGCGAAGCCGGCGGAGCUGGCAGAGACGGCUCCCCACCUACUCUCUUGCCUGCUGAUGAUGCCGGCUGGACAGUGGUGGGGGCCAAAGAGAGACCCGACGCACGGAGCGGCGGAAGGCGCAGCGGCAGCGCGCCAAGGAGCCGAGCGUCGCCAAUCGGCUUCGCGCCCCGAAGACCGCAGCUGUAGUCGUCACACUACAGCCGGAAGCGGUAAAGAAGGGCGGGACAUACGCGGACCUCCUUUCCAAGGCAAAGGGGUUAAUCAACCCCGCGGAGAUUGGGAUUGCUGGGGGGUUGCGGUUAAGAGUAACCGCAACCGGAGCCCGAAACUCGAGCUCCCGGGAGCUAGCAGUGGCCCGGUCGCGGACGCCCUAGCUGCAAAGCUACGGGCGGCGUUUGAUGCGGCCGAGGCUAGAGUGUCCAGACCCGUAAAGAGCGUAAGCUUGCGCAUAUCGGGUCUGGAUGACUCCGUCACAGUGGAGGAAGUGGUGGCCGCCAUUGUCGGGACCACGGGAUGCUCAGCUGAAGAGCUGAAGCCGGGAGCCCUACGUCCCGACUAUGCGGGUAUGCUGGCCAUCACGGUCAGUUGCCCCGUGACGGCGGCCAAAGUGGUGGCUGAGGGCCGGAGGCUUUUGGUGGGCUGGGUGUCGGCGCAGGUUAAGCUGCUCGAGCCCCAGCCUCUGAGGUGUUACCGAUGUCAGACCGGACAUCACGUCGGGGUAAGGUGCACCUCGGAGGUCGACCGCAGCGCGUUGUGCUUCCGCUGCGGUCAGCCCGGUCAUAAAAUCGGCUCGUGCACCGCCGACAAGCCGCACUGCUUAGCUUGUGCGGCGGUUGGCAAGCCAGCCGAACACCGGGCGGGGAGUAGAGCCUGCGCCGCUCCCGCCAAUACCGGGGCAAACGCCGGCCCACGGCCUCCACUGCCGCUUCCGCCGCGGCUCCCGCUAGCGCUGCCGCUGCUACUUCUGGAGAGAGCGAACAUCAACCACUGCGCCAGAGCUCAGGAUCUCUUGCUCCAGAGCAUGGCGCGGUGGUCGAUUAAUAUCGCCGUGGUCUCCGAGCCGUACUUUGUCCCGCCCAGGAAUGACUGGGUGGAGGACCUGAGCGGCUCGGUGGCCAUCAUCGCGUCGGCCGCCGCCGGUACCCUGACCCACGAGCGGGUGAAGAGGGGCCAGGGUUGUGUCGCAGCUCGGUUCGGAGGGAUAGUCGUAGUGGGGUGCUACUUCUCUCCGAGCCGAACUCUCGCCGAGUUCCACAACUCCCUCAGGGAGCUGAGUGACGUCGUCGUCGAGUACGGUUCGCUUCCCGUCGUCGUGCUGGGGGACUUCAACGCCAAGAGCCAGGCUUGGGGUUCCCGGUACACGGAUGUACGGGGGCGAAUGGUUGAGGACUGGGCCUUGGAGGUUGGCCUGGACGUCCUCAACAGGGGUUCCGUCGCCACGUGUGUGCGGAUGCGGGGUGAGUCCGUGGUGGACAUUUCGUUUGCCAGCCCCGCAUUGUCGCAGCGUGUUGUCGACUGGCGAGUAAUGGAGGCGGUGGAGACGCUGUCGGACCACCGGUAUAUCCGGUUCGACGUCUCCACCGAUCCCUCGAGCGCGCCAGUCCGACGGGCCCCAAGUGGUCCACGUUGGGCGUUGAGACAGCUGGACAGGGAGCUCCUCCUGGAAGCCUCCAUCGUCCAGUCCUGGGUGCAAGCACCGGUCAGGCCGGACGAUGUGAAUAACGAGGCCGACUGGUUCCGGGAGGCUAUGUCCUCUGUCUGCGACUCGGCAAUGCCCCGAGUCCGCCGAAGCCAAGCGCGGCGCAAGGUGUACUGGUGGUCGCGGGAGCUGGCAUCGCUCCAGGCGGCGUGCUAUGCCGCGCGACGCCGGUACACCAGGUACCGCCAAAUCCGCAUCCGGCCUGUGGAUGCGGUGGCUCGAGAGGCGGAGCUAUACCAGGGACCCGUGGGGACGUCCUUACAAAAUGGUGCGGAGCAAGCUCCGCAUCUGGGCGCCCCACUGACGCAGAGUCUCCGGCAGGAACUGGUCGAGGGCGUCGUUGGCGCUCUGUUCCCUGCGCGAGGGGAGCACGCUCCUCCGCCCAUGGCUCCGCCCCCGGCGGCGCCCGGCAUGGACCACGACGACGACGUCACUGUUCCCGCGGUGACCGGGGUAGACUUGAGGGUGGCGGUGGCCAAGAUGAAGGCCAAGAACACCGCCCCAGGGCCCGACGGCUUGCCUGGAAAAGCCUGGGUCCUGGCCUUGGGGGCUCUCGGGCCUCGACUUCAGAGGUUCCUCACGGCAUGUUUGGAGAGGGGCCAGUUUCCACUUCGUUGGAAGACGGGGAAACUGGUCCUCAUCGCGAAGCAUGGGCGCCCCGCGGACAGUCCGUCCGCAUACCGGCCCAUCGUCCUGCUCGACGAGGUGGGCAAGCUCUUCGAAAGAGUUAUUUCAGACCGCCUCGUCGAGCACCUGACGAGGGUUGGGCCGGAUCUUGCGGACAGCCAAUUUGGCUUCCGCAGAGGGCGCUCUACUGUGGAUGCCAUCAUGCGCGUGAGGUCUCUCGCGACGGGGAUGCUGUUUCCCGGGGUAGGGUCGUCUUGGCGGUGUCGCUUGACAUCGCCAAUGCCUUUAAUACCCUGCCCUGGAGUUGUAUCAGGGAGGCACUCCGGUAUCACCGGGUGCCGGCCUACCUCCGUCGCGUUGUCGGGGCCUACUUGA